AUGGGUUUGGACAUAAUUAUCAUUGAAGGCAGCCCAAUUUUUAACAAUUUGCUAUUAUCUAUUACAGGUGGUAUAACGUUGGAACCAAGUUUUGAUGUACCAAUGGUAAAUGUUACAGUUAAAGAGGGAACGACGGCGAUUUUACCAUGUUCAGUUAAAUUUCUAGGGAAACAUCAGGUAAUAUGGACAGAUCAAUGGUCUACAUUGUUAACAUUUGAAGAUAGAAGAAUAAUAGAUGACGAAAGAAUUAGCGUAGAAAGACCCUUUACCAAAGAUUGGAAUCUACAUAUCCGCCAUGUUAAAUAUGGUGAUCAGGGAAUUUAUAACUGUCAAAUUAACACAAGUCCUGUCAAAAUAAAAACAGUUAAUUUAAAAGUACAGGUUCCAGCCACUAUCAUUCACCAUUUAUCAUCGGAGGAUCAGACGGCGAGAGAGGGCGACACUGUGACCUUGACAUGUAAUGUCACGGGUAUUCCCGCCCCUUCUGUCACGUGGUAUAGACAUAAAUCCAGUGAUAAGGGGUUCGAGAAAGAGAGUGAUGGUGAGGUGCUGAUAAUACACAAUGUGAGUAGAUAUUGUGGAGAUACUUAUGAAUGUGUUGCUUUUAAUGGUGUUCCUCCAGCUGUCAGUAAAAAGAUUAAAGUCGGUGUUGAAUUUCCACCAGAAGUUCGACUGCCUAAUAAACGAAUUGGACAGAUAGUUGGUAAAGAGACAAUAUUAGAAUGUGUUAUUACAGCUUAUCCACAAGCAGUUAGUGUGUGGUUAUGGGAGGGUAUGGAACUCAGUAAUGGUCGGAAAUAUCGUAUAGAAAUAUAUGAUGAAGGUGAACAUACCAUAACUUUAAGUUUACGAAUACGAACUUUAGAUUAUUCAGACUUCGGACGGUAUAGUUGUAUGGCUUCCAAUCCAUUAGGAACAGAUAAAGAGGAAAUGGUGCUAUAUGGUAUGUACUUUAAGUUGUUUACAGUAUUCCAAAUAAAGCUUUGGAAGCGCAAGUGCUUUUCAGUUAAUUUGUGUUUAGAUCUAGAAGUCGUAACGGUCUAG